UUUAUUCACUUAAUGACAAAUAGAAAAUAUGCAAAAUUUAACAUAAAAGACGAAUAAUAAUCUUUUUUUUCCUAUUUUGAUCCUGGAAAUAACCGGAAAUCUAGCACAAAUUAUUGACUAAAUAUGUGAAGUGAUUGAUUACAAAUUACAUAAUAAGUCAGAAUUUCUAUUUAAUAAUAUGGAUGAUGAUCAAAUAAUCACUGUUGAAUGUUCCCAAUCAUUAGAUUCUAUAAUAAAACAUAAUUCAAAUGAGGAAGAUGUAAAAUCUCUUCAUGAUUGUGUUGAAUUAAGUACAAUUAAAUCUUCAAGUAUAAAUAUUACAUUUGAAGAAAGUAAAUUAUCAACUUCAAUCUCUUCUUCUAUACCUUCAUCAAAUCCAACUAUUGUUGAACCUGUAACAACACCACUACCACUAUCAACAACAACAAAACCAUCUAUAUCACAAGAUUCUAGUUAUAGUUUAUUGAAUAGUUUUAAAAAACGUAUUAAACAACAUUUAACUUUAUCAAGAAAUUCUAGUUUACAUAAAAGUAUGCAUGAUUUGUCUAUAUCCCCCAAGAAACUCAAUUUUCAAUCAACUAAUAAUAAUAAUAAUAAUAUAAUAAGUUUAAAUUCAGCAUCAAGUUCCAUUUUAUCAACGAAUGUAAAUAAAUUAAAUUUAACACAAGAUGUACCAGAUGAUAUAACAUUAAUUGAAAAUGAACAUGAUAAAGCAUUAAUUACUGUAACAUCAUUCACUAAUGAACAAUUACUUUUAUUACAAUCAAGUUGGAGUUUAGUGAAACAAUAUAUUGAAAAAAUUGGUGUGAUUACAUUUCUUGGCAUAUUUGAACAACAUUCAGACUUUCGUGAUGCAUUCACUGAAUUUCGAAAGAGAAAAUUCGUUGAUGUAAAACAUGAUCCAGCAAUGCAAGUUCAUGGUUUACGCGUAUUAAGCGUAGUAGAUAAACUAAUUACUCGACUACCUAAAACUGAUGAUAUUGAAAGACAAUUAAUGAUGAUUGGAUCAAAACAUUGUCGAUACGUUCCAACAAUUGCAUUGGUAUCUAGUGUUUCGGACCAAUUAUGGGGUGCUAUAGAACCAGUCUUAAAAGAAGAAUGCUUAUGGUCGGAUGAUUUAGCAGUUACAUGGAAAUCAAUUCUUGAUUAUUUAACUAAAACAGUAAAAUAUGGUUUAGCUAAAACAUUCCAUUCUACACACAAAUAGAACAUAUUUUCUGUUUCAUUCAGAUACUCAUAUAUAUAUAUAUAUAUAUAUAUAUAUAUAUAUAUAUAUAUAUAUAUAUAUAUA